CGCAGCCAAUCGCAGCGCGCCGUCGGCCGUGGAGUCACGUCACUUCAGCGGCAGCGGUGGAGCUGGUGGGACGGCCCAGCUAUGCUGAGCUGCUUGGCUUGUGUUCUGUACGACACUCUUGUUUGUGUGUGGGAGCCUUCGCCGGUGCUUUUCAGACGCCUGGCGCGAUUCUGAGACGCUCUUUUGCCGGAAACGAGGGAGAAGUCGGAGAUAAGUUGUUCACGACAGGCGGCGACAAUGUUUUUCAGCAAGACGCCCGUUUGGCUUCUUUAUUUACCGCUCGAGCCUCUUUGAUUCGAACGAUUAGCUUAGAAGCUAACUGUGAAUGUUUUCUGAAACUAGCUAGUUAGUGAGCGUGAACGGGGGGCUAUUACAGACAGAAACGGAAUACCAGUGCUGUAUUUUGUUACAAGCGGUAAAUAUAAGCUGUGUUUUGAUGUGAGAAACAAAGCUAAUGUUGUUGGGUGCGUUGAAUGUUGUACAACUCCCGUGCCCGGUUGCUCACUAUUUGUUAGGGACAAUAGUUGAGUGUCCAGGCAACAAGUCCUGGACACGCUGCUGCUUUAAUCCAUGCUAUCGUAUGUGUCAACAUUAGUUAUAACGAAGAACGAGUGUUGUUGUUAGUCGUGUUGAUUCCGUUUGGAUAGUGGCGUCUGAAAAAGUAGUGCCUGACUCGAGAUGCCCAGAUUGCGGCGCUCUGUUGUUUAAGAGCGAUUGUCAGUUAAGCAGUGGCACGGCUGACGAGGGGACGCGGUGGAUGAAUAUUAAAAAAUCGCCCACAUGCGUUGGAUCAGUUCCCGGACUUGUGAACGGCAUCUGAAACAGAAGGAGGGAGACGCACAACCCUUGCAGCUCGGGGGAAGAUGGCGGAGCGUUCUCGCCGGAGGUGGUGAGACCCAAACUUCGGGGCUGCUUGGAUUCAUCGCCAGACGCCUGGUCUCUAACCGCUGGACACAUGCAGGCCAAAAAACGCUACUUAAUCCUGUUCUCCGCUGGUGCCAGUCUCAUUCUGCUGUUCUGCUUUGGUGGGAUCCAAGUCCCGCUGUCCGGCCGGCGUGAUGACCAAAGCCUCACCGGUUAUCACCCCGGCGCGCGGUGGCGUCGUCUCCAGGGUUACCUGAGGGCUUUCAGUACCUGGGAAAAGGACCAUGACUUCCACGAACACAUAUCUCCCAGACAAAAACGAGACUCCAACUCAGGGCUUUACACUGGAAGACGCUGCAGAAUGGAGUCCUGCUUUGACUUCUCUCUGUGUGAGAAGAAUGGAUUUAAAGUUUACGUUUACCCCCAGCAGAAGGGAGAGAAGCUUUCUGAAAGUUACCAGAACAUCUUGUCCUCAAUCGAGGGGUCCAGGUUCUAUACCCCAGACCCGGCACAGGCCUGCCUGUUUGUCCUGAGCUUGGACACUUUGGAUCGGGACCAGCUUUCGCCUCAAUAUGUCCACAACUUGAAAGCAAAAAUCCAGAGCCUUCCUCUCUGGAACGAAGGCAGAAACCACAUCAUUUUCAAUCUAUACUCCGGCACCUGGCCAGAUUACACGGAAGAUCUGGGCUUCGACAUCGGCUUUGCCAUGUUGGCCAAAGCCAGCAUCAGCACAGAGAACUUCAGGCCCAACUUUGAUGUUUCUAUUCCACUUUUUUCUAAAGACCACCCCAGGACAGGAGGGGACAGGGGUUUUCUGAAACACAACACAAUCCCCCCUUAUAGGAAAUACAUGCUUGUUUUCAAAGGCAAGCGCUAUCUGACCGGGAUAGGCUCAGACACUAGGAAUGCUUUAUAUCAUGUACAUAACUCGGAGGAUGUGGUCCUCCUCACCACCUGCAAGCAUGGGAAAGACUGGCAGAAGCACAAGGAUGCGCGCUGUGAUAAGGACAACGCAGAGUAUGACAAGUACGACUACAGAGAGAUGCUGUACAACUCCACAUUCUGUCUUGUACCUCGAGGUCGACGGCUGGGUUCCUUUCGCUUUUUAGAAGCUUUACAGGCAGCAUGUGUGCCGGUGAUGCUAAGUAAUGGCUGGGAGCUUCCAUUCUCAGAAAUCAUCAACUGGAAUACAGCAGCUGUGAUUGGGGAUGAAAGGUUGCUGUUACAGAUUCCCUCAACUGUGCGUUCCAUCCACCAGGAUAAGAUUCUGUCUCUGAGACAGCAGACACAGUUCCUCUGGGAGGCUUACUUCAACUCUUUGGAGAAGAUAGUACUAACCACACUGGAGAUCAUCCAGGACCGGGUUCUGCUGCACGCCUCACGAAGUAGCCUCAUGUGGAACAGCCUUCCUGGAGGACUUUUCACUUUGCCUCAAUACUCUACAAACUUAGGAGACUUCCCCUUUUACUAUGCUAAGCUGGGUACCAAGCCAUACCCCAAGUUUACAGCAAUCAUUCACAUGGUCACCCCUCUGGUCUCUCAAUCCCAGCCGGUGAUGAAGCUGCUUGUAGCUGUGGCCAAAUCCCAGUACUGUGCUCAGGUGAUAGUUCUGUGGAACUCUGACAAACCUCUUCCAGCCAAGCACCGCUGGCCUGUCACCUCUGCGCCUGUUUCUGUCAUUGAAGGAGAAAGCAAGGUGAUAAACAGCCGCUUUUUGCCCUACAACACAAUCCCCACUGAUGCUGUGCUCAGUCUGGAUGAAGACACAGUGCUUUCCACCACAGAGGUUGACUUUGCUUUCACGGUGUGGCAGAGUUUCCCCGACCGGAUUGUUGGUUACCCAGCGCGCAGCCACUUCUGGGACAGUAACAAGGAGCGGUGGGGCUACACCUCUAAGUGGACCAAUGACUACUCCAUGGUGCUAACUGGGGCUGCCAUCUAUCACAAGUAUUACCACUACUUGUACACAACCUACCUUCCAGCCAGUCUGAGGACAAUGGUGGACCAGAUGUCCAACUGCGAGGACAUUCUCAUGAAUUUCCUUGUGUCGUCUGUGACUAAACUUCCACCCGUUAAAGUCACCCAAAAGAAACAAUACAAGGAGACUAUGAUGGGACAGAGCUCCCGAGCGUCUCGAUGGGCUGACCCGGACCAUUUCGCCCAGCGCCAAACAUGCAUGAACAAGUUUGCCAACUGGUUCGGCACCAUGCCCCUGAUACACUCCCAGAUGAGGAUGGACCCUGUUUUGUUCAAAGACCAGGUUUCCAUACUACGGAAGAAAUACAGAGACAUUGAGAGGCUAUAACCUUUCUGAAGACCCCUCACUCCGUGGACACAACCAUGAAGAGCCAGAGGGGGGUGGACACCUGUGGGAGACGAGAUGACCUACGGAUCAUUGAAGGCUGGAAGUGUAUUAAAUCUUGAGGAGGGUGAAGAAACUCGAACAAAUAUGGAGGAGACUUUAUUUGUUUGUGUUCUUGUUUGUUUUUGUUUUGUAUCCUGUUCUCACAUCUCCAUAUUUGGAAUUGCUGUAAAUGGGACUCAUAGUUCUCAUAUGAAUAACUGGACCUCCUCCUGACCUUGUGGACUUGAACUCCAGACUGGUGGAGUUGGAAAUCACAGCUUGCUGCUUUAGGAUCUCAACAAAACCGAAUCCAACUCCAACCUGCUGAAACUUGCGUGUGUUCUGCGCUGUACACUAUGCACAGGUUUCUGAAUGUUUUCUAGCCGAUGGUAUAUAUUAUUGAUAAUUGUGAAGAGGAUAACACUAUUUUGAAUUGUUUUUGUUAUUUUUUUAUGCAGUGAAUGAAAGGCCGGUACCGCUCUACAUGUAAUGUCUUAACUAGACCCAAAUGAAAGGUGGAUUAGGAGGUCAAGUCCUUGUGACAUCCACAGUGCCUCACCAUUUAUCCAAAAGCAUCGGGUGUGGAAAUCUUAAAAAAAAAAAAGAAAAAAAUCACCUGGCACAGAUUGCUACCUUUGCUGGUUUUAUUUUUGUGAACUGUGACUUUCAGUGCAGCACGUUACAUUCUCCAGGUCAGAAGAGAAAACUAUUAAGCGAUUUAAACACACAUAUAUAUAUAUAUAUUUGCCAUUAUGUGCCAUUCUGAACAUUUUUUUCUAGCAACAUAAUAAUCCCAAAGUCACAUGUCAUGAUUAUUUUAUUAGCUCCAUAAGAACAGAUGUGUAGACUGCUAUUUAGUAAUAUUCAUAAUUCUGUUUGGAAUAAAACCAGGACAAUUAUUUCUUUAAUUUCAUUUGAAUUAAUUUAAAUAAAGAUACACUACUAGAAGCCAGCCCUUGCAUUAGAUAAUUAAUGUUUGAGUUGAAAACAACUCUACUCAAAAUAGAAACUGCUGUACUUUUUUUUUUUAAUGUAUCCUUAAUCAAAAAUCCAAGUUCCUUUGCUGACAUGUGUCAGUAUUUCAGACUGACAUUUGCAGAAGUGCUUAUUUUUUUGUAUUUUUCAUCAAAGUUGAAUUUUUUUGUCUUUAGAAGAACGUGGGAGUGAAAAGUAGAUGCGAAGCUGCACAGAG